AUGCCGGGAAAGAUAUACCUAAUUACCGGCACCAACCGAGGAAUCGGGCGCGGUCUCUUUGAUCACUACGUCUCCCAGUCCGAUAAUACGCUGAUUGCUGCUGUGCGCAAUGUGGAGGGUGCUCAGGGUCUUCUUAAAGUGCCUAGGGGCUCCAACACCCUGGUCCUCCUCACCAAGAUCGACUCAGCUUCGAUCACGGACCCUUUUGAGGCUGUAAAGGACAUCCAGGCCCGGGGCGUUGACCACGUUGAUGUCGUCAUCUCCAGUGCGGGGAUCGUCAAGAUGAACACCAUGGAGGACCUGCCGCUGGAGGAGUUGGAGGAGGUGCUGAGAGUCAACACCUUCUCUGUUAUGCUCCUCUAUAAGGCAACCUUACCGCUGCUGCGCAAAGCGGCCCAUCCAGCUCGGUUUGCUUUUAUCAGUGCCUCGGGCGGCAGCUUGAACGAUAUGUCCAAGUACCCCUAUCCGAAUGCAAGCUACGCAGGCUCCAAGGCUCUAGCCAACGUACUUGUCGUUAAGAUGGGCAUGGAAAACGACUGGCUCAUUACCUUGUGUAUCCACCCUGGACUGGUCCAGACCGAUAUGGGAAACGCUGGUGCUCGUGUCUUUGGGCUAGAGAAAGCAACUCGUACACUGGAAGACAGCAGCAGAAACACGGCUCACAUCGUAAGUUGCUUCUGA